UAUAUACUGUGGUUCUAACAACUGUUUAACCAUAUCGAUAGAAUUUUUACACAUGUUUUCCAAAUGUUUUGAGAAAUAAACAACAUUUAACAUGGGUUCCAAAUACACAUGGGUAAUUGCCAUUCCAUCAGUGGUGUUUAUAUAAUAGACAUGAUUUAGAAACAAAAAUUGAAAAUAAUUUCUAUAUUGACCUUUUUCUGUAUAUGAAAACACCUCACUGACAAUACCCUGAGCUAACAUAGAAAUUGACUUGAGGUCUUGACAAGAUUUCCAAAUUUACUGUGGAGUAUUUUAUUACUUGUUUCGAGUUUCAAAAUGUCCAGUUGCAAGAAAUUGAAGUUUGAUUGUACUCUGAGUGAGCAAUUGCUACAAAACAAACAGACGAUUGAUCCAGGUACUUGUGGUCCCAAAAACAUUCUGUUGGUGGAAGCAUCAAGAAAAGACAGAGAUACGACCGACACAAACACUGCUCUGUUGGAACGCGUUUGGAUUCUGUCCCGUCCUCCAAUCAAUCUGAAGGAUCCAACGCCAACGGUGAGUGCCAGACGCCUCCAGGUGGCCAGAGCGAUUCUGGAUGGAGACUUUGACGGUGACGACAAGAACAGGUGUCCACCCGCACCGCCAUGCCCCGGUGGCGACUCUGAGAGCUCUGCAAGAGGAAGCAGAUCAUCGACUAGGAGUUUAUGCGCUUGAUAGUAAUAAUUUAAAAUGAACUUUUGAUCUACAGUUUUUGGUGAAAAAUUAAAUUAAGAUAAAACAAGUAA